AUGUCGUUUGUUUAUUUGAAUUGUUUGGAUGUUGUUAGGACAACUCAAUUUGAUACUUUGGCCCAGUUUACUGAUUUUGUUCAGAAUCCAUGGCUCUUGGUGGGUGAUUGGAACUCUUACUUAUCUUUAGAGGAUAAACAAGGCCGCAGACCUGUUUCUCAAUCACAGACACGUGAGUUGGGCCAGUUGGUUAACACGACCUGUUUAUCUGAAAUUCCCCUCAUAGGUUUUCCUUACACCUGGAACAACAGGCAAAUUGGACCUAAUAGAAUUGAGGCUAAAUUGGAUCGAUUCUUUUCCAAUACGGAUUGGUUCUCUCUUUAUCCUCGAGCGGUUGUUCGAUCAGAAUUUCUUGCCUCAUCAGAUCAUAGGGCGAUUAUUCUAUAUACAGAUGAUUUUAAACCCUCUAAUAAGCGCCCCUUACGCUUUGAGGCUCUGUGGGACCUACAGAGAGCUUUGAAAUUUUGGAAUAAGAACUGUGUAGGGAAUAUCUUUAGAAGGAUAGAGGAAAUUCAUGGAAUUCUCUCUACACUCUAUCAGGUUCCUCCUACUUUGAGGGAUGAUGCGUGGUUCUUGACUGAAAAACAUCAUAUUGCAACAUUGAGAAAAUUGAACCAUCAGGAGGAGCUGCUGUGGCAACAAAAGUCACGCUCUAAUUGGUAUGUGCACGGGGACCGCAAUACCAAGUUUUUUCACCUCACCACGGUCAAAAGAAGGGCUAGGAAUGUGAUUAAAGCAAUCAAUGCAGGUGGGCUUACUCUUACUGAAGAGGUGGACAUUGGCAGGGAAUUUUUGAGAGUGUACAAGGACAUUUUUCUUUCACAGCACCUCCCCAAUGCAACUGAGUAUUUGGUUCCAAUCAGUAACCGUGUCUCCACUUAA